UUAACGAAGCAAGAGAUCAAUUAAAUAAUCUAAUAGAUAAAUUGUUGAAACGUUCAAAUCAUUCGAAUCAUUCGAAACGCUCAAAUGGUUCAAAGUGCUCAAAUACCUCAAAGACCUCGAAUGGCUCAAAGAAUUUAAAGAGCUUAAAUGUCUCAAAGAGCUUAAAUGCCUCAGAGAGCUUGAAUUUCUCGAAGAGUUCCAAGAGCUCGAAUCUCUCAACGAACUCAAAGCAUUUAAAUAAUUAUCAGGAAUUGGAUGAUGAUGAAAUUAAUAAUCGAAAAGUCCUUCAAAUAAGAAAAUACCGGAAAAAAUUUUUCAAAAAGUUAAAAAUUGAAGCAGAAGCAAAUUACAAUGUUGAAGGAAAAUGUUCGCGGGGAAUUGAAUGUAAAAGAAGUGUUUGUAAAUUUAUGCAUCCACCACCUGAUCUUUUUUUUGAUGGUCACAUAUCAAAAUAUAAAAAUGAAAUUCAUUUUAAAAAAUAUAAGAGAAAUUUUAAACUUGAACUUAGGAGGUUCAUGAAAAAAUAUAAGAAUUAG